AUGAAUUCAGAGGGCCCGAAGGACAUGAACCUGCCCCUGCCCGCACUCUCUAUGUCUGAGAACUGCCUAUAUCUCAACAUCUAUACACCAGCUCAUGCCCAUGUGGGCUCUAACCUGCCUGUGAUGGUAUGGAUCCAUGGUGGUGCCCUUGUUGGAGGCAUGGCUUCUAUUACUGAUGGAUCCAUGUUGGCAGCGAUUGAGGAUGUGGUGGUUGUUAAUAUCCAGUAUCAUCUGGGUGUCCUGGGAUUCUUCAGCACUGGAGACCAGCACGCUAGAGGCAACUGGGGCUACCUGGACCAAGUGGCUGCCCUGCGCUGGGUCCAGCAGGACAUUGCCCACUUUGGAGGCAACCCUGACCUUGUCACCAUCUUUGGCGAGUCAGCAGGUGGCACAAGUGUGUCUUCACUUGUUCUGUCCCCCAUGUCCAAAAGACUCUUCCACAGAGCCAUCAUGGAGAGUGGAGUUUCCCUGCUGCCUGACCUUAUCUCUGACACCCAUGAGAGGGUCUACAAUACAGUGGCCAACCUGUCUGGAUGUGGGACCAUGGACUCAGAGGCCCUGAUGCACUGUCUGAAAGGCAAGAGUGAAGCAGAGAUUCUGGAUAUUAACAAGGUCUUUAAGAUCAUCCCUGCUGUGGUAGACGGGGUUUUCCUACCCAAGCAUCCCCAAGAGUUGUUGGCUUCUGUGGAUUUUCGUCCUGUCCCCAGUAUCAUUGGUGUCAACAAUGAUGAGUAUGGUUGGGUCAUCCCCAUGAUGCUGCCUCCUGAGUGUAGCGACCUGAUAAUGGAAGAGUACAUGGGGGAUACUAAGGACCCACAGACCCUGCAAGCACAGUUCAGAGAGAUGACGGCAGACUUCAUGUUUGUGAUCCAAGGUCUACCCUACUGGCAUGUGUUCGAUCAUGAAGAACAGUACCUGCAGCUGAACAUCCGGCCUGCUGUGGGCAGAGCCCCGAAGGCCAGAAGGCUGCAGUUCUGGACCCAGACUCUGCCUGAGAAGAUUCAGGAGCUAAAGAAAUCUCAGCGCAUGCACAAAGAGCUAUAG